AUGAGUCCUAUGACGCAUAUUUGGUUUUUUCUCCUUCGAGACACGUUUGAGGAAGUUGUUAAAAUGACGAGCAAAGGCCAUCGAAGAGCAUCUUUAAAACAAUUAAAACAACGAUUGAUGGGUCCAGCGGAAAAUGCGUUAAUAGCCACAUCGCAACAACAUCUUGGUUAUAUGAAAGUUGGUGAAGUUUUGCAUCUGCAAGGACCUUAUAUUCCUAUAGAAAAUUUCAUCUCAGCAGUUCGCCGCUUACAACUUCGUCAUCCAUUUCUCCGGAGUCGAUUAGAAAGCAAUCCAGCGAAACCUGGAACUUAUCUUUUACAAGAAGAUCACUCACUCGAUCUAAAUGUUAUCGAACUUUUGAGAAAUCGGUCUGAUCACGCUAAUUUCUGGCGAGAACAAUGGAAAAUCAGAGAAAAAGAACCCGCAGUUGUCGGACAAGGUCUGGCCGAAUUUUGGCUUCUACAAGAUCCGAAUGAUGAUAAUGACGAUAACAGUCCUCGUGAAAUUGUAGUCAUAUGUGAACAUAGUAUCUGUGAUGGUUUAUCGUUAAGUACAGUUGCACAUGAGCUUCUUCUUUCGUUAAGUGAAGAUAACACAAAUAUGUUUGAAACGUCAUUGAAUUGGCCGAUAACAAUGGAAGCUGCCGUUCGACGAACUUUUACCAAAUGGAAUCGUGUUCGAAAGUACGGAAAAUUUAUUCCCACGGCUUUAUAUUGGCGUGCGACGAGUUGUCGACGUACCGUUCGAAUUCCUUUAACACCUGCGCAUGAUUCUACCAGUGAAAUGGCCAAAAAUUGCCAAACCGAAGCUUUUUACGGUCGAUUGAACAAAGAAGCUACGAAUAAUUUAUUAGAAAAAUGUCGAAGUGAAGGCGUAACAAUGACGUCUGCUAUUGGCAGUGCAGUUCUAUGUGCAAUUUCGAAAUUAGUCAAUACUAAAAAAGAACACGUUGACGAAUUAGUUUUAGCUUUAACCGCAGAUACACGACAGAGAUGCAAUCCCCAAAUUCCCAAUCAUGAUUUAAGUUUUCACGCGUCAGCAACUAUGGCAUUUACAAUGCCGAAACGAGAAAUACCAACAACAUCAGAAGGCAUGUGGAAAUUAGCGAUGACAUUCGGAACUCAUUUGAAAAACUCACUCGAUGCUGGACAUAUUCAUGUUCUCGCGAUGAUGUUAGGAAGACUCUAUCAAAAGAAUAUUCAUCAACCGAAUUAUGCAGAAGUUCCUACUUGUAUUAUUUCCAAUUGGGGUCGAUUACCUUUCCAAGAACAAUAUGGGCAAUGGCAGUUGAUCGACACAACACCGUUCUUGAAUUUGAUUUUAACCGUUAUGCCGUAUAUUUUUGUACAAACUGUGAAUGGAAAUUUAACCAUUGGAAUUAUGGGUUCGGUCCCUACGAUGUCUUCAAAUGUUUUGGAAGAUUUAUGUAAUGGAACGAUCAGAAAUUUAUUUUUUAAUGAUUGA